AUGCGGCAACGCGAAGAAAACUUACAAAGGCAGCUGAGGGUUACUCAGCAACGUGAAGAAAACUUACAAAGGCAGCUGAGGGAGACAGAGCAACGCGAAGAAAACUCACAAAGGCAGUUGAGGGAGAUGCGACAACGUGAAGAAAACUCACAAAGGCAGUUGAGGGAGACACAGCAACGCGAAGGAAAUUCACAAAGGCAGCUGAGGGAGAUGCAGCAACGUGAAGAAAACUCACAAAGGCAGUUGAGAGAGAUGCAGCAACGUGAAGAAAACUCGCAAAGGCAGCUUAGGGAGAUGCAGCAACGAGAAGAAAAUUUGCAAAGACAGCUGAGAGAAAAAGACCAGGAAGUAAAUGAAUUAGAGUUAAGUCUUUCCUUAGCUCGGCAAACAAUAAGUGAACAGCAACAACAGGAAACAUGCGAUUGGGUCAUUUCCUGCGAUGAAAUUCAAAUGACCAAUAAAUGCCUUGGCAGAGGAGGCUGGGGAAGUGUUUACGAAGGCGUGUAUUGUGGCUGUACUGUAGCAGUAAAGCAAAUUCAUGAUCUGAUUCUCUCCCCUCAUAACAUACGUCUUUUUGAGAGAGAAAUGAAUAUUGCAUCCAAAUGUCGCCAUCCUCACUUGCUUCAGUUUAUCGGCGCCACUAACGAUGAAGGAAACCCUCUGUUUGUGACCGAGCUGAUGGAGAAAAGUUUGCGAGCUCUGUUAGAACAGCGACAACUUGCCGAAAAAGAAGUACGCGUAAUUUCUGUGGAUGUAGCCCGAGCAAUUAACUACCUUCAUCAGAAGAAACCAGAACUAAUCAUUCACCGGGAUGUGAGCAGUGCUAAUGUGUUGCUAUGGCGACAGGGUGACCAAUGGAGAGGCAAAGUGUCAGAUUAUGGCACUGCUAAUUUCAUGCAGCAGACCAUGUCAGUGGCUCCUGGAGCUAUGAUUUACAGCGCGCCUGAAGCACUUACAUCAAACCAAACAGUCAAGGUUAGUUUUAAUGAAUUUAGAAUUUUUCUAUUCAGCACUGGUUCAUCAACCCCUUGAGACUUCAAAGGGACGCGUUGGUGCAGUCAUCUUGAGCCCGUAGCUACUUUAAGGCUAGGUUGUUCGUUACUCACACGAAAGAAACCCUACCCCACACCUAGGCAUGUAGUUAGAAGCAGAAAAAUAUUGUUGAACCUGAUUGCCCCUGUGCAGUGUGGAAUGGCAAUAUCCCUUGCUGCUUAAGCCCCGGUCAAUCGGUGGUAACGGUGAUAUCUUAAACCAUCACCAUUUGAACUCAAAUGUUUAUGGCUCCAUUAUUAUGGUCGUUUUCAGGUGUUUCUGCCACGAGAAAACAAACUUAAGCUGCAGGCGUCUGUUGUGAUUUAAAUGUUUCCGUUCUUCAGUUAAUCAUACUGGCGACUUCGCAGAUAAAACUGAUAGAGUCGAACCGCCUUAUUGAGAGAGAGAGUGACGUCCCCGCUUAGGAAGCUGACCAUUGUAAUUUAUCCUCAGUGGGGCCAUCCGGAAACAAUGUCAGUAAUACUUUAAGCAAUAGAAAACGUUUUCCGUGUUUGCAUAGCCUGAUAUAAACACGAGAGGGGUUGGGAGAAUUCGAGACAGUUAUGCAAACCGAGACGAAGUCGAGGGUUUGCAUAAGUGUCGAGAAUUCUCCCAACCCCUCGAGUGUUAAUAUCAGGCUAUGCAAACACUGGAAAAAAGUUUUCUAUUGCUUUUAUAAUAUAACUUUCCCAAGAAAAAACGCAAAACUCUUUGUUAUGGCACUGAUUAAAAGAGAAAUUCUUACCAGUCGCAAAGUCUUGUGCACGAAGCCUUGCACGCGUAAUCAGUUCUUGUUUUGCAAAAAGAUGCCAUUCAAAAUACGGAUUUUUCUCGCUUAAACUGUCAGCUUAAAGGAAAAAAAAAUUGACACACCUUCUUUGUAACGAUUUUCGAAGUUUCAGCCGACGGAGGAAUGGGUAAAUAAAGUAAACUUGUCGAGUUUUGAACUCGAAAACUUUUUCAAAUUCACGCUUGCGUGAUUAGCGCGCGAAAAGCAAAAACAUCUUGACGCCACGACCAUGUUUACAUACUCUCAUGCAAACACUCCUCUCGGCCAAUCAGAGCUGACUAUCUUAGUUAUUUUUUGAAAUAAGAUAUCGCAGGCUCAGUCCGAGGCGGUAGGAGAGGAUAGCUCCUUCUUGAUAGCUACAAUCACUGACAAAAGUUUCUGUACAUUUGUCUUAACGUGCGCUUUUAUGAACAAUUUCUUUAAGUAAACCAUACAACUUUAAAUUCCAAUUCCCCUGGGUAUUACAUUCAUCCCAAGAGAAAUCGAAAACAAUGGUUAUGCAAAAUUCUGUGAGGUAAACAUGGUGUAUUAUGGUCUCGGUGGAAAGAGUGAAUCAGGAGGAGAGCGCUUAUUAACUUUCCUCCCUUAUUCCAGGCUGGGCGCUUAAUUGAGCAAAUACGGUAGGAUCUAGACUUUACAUUCCUUUAUUUACUGAAUUUGCUCAGAAACAGUCAAAUGGAGAUGUUUGAACUUACCCCUCCCCCCCCCACCCCCGCGCAAUUUGCAUAAUUCUUCAAAUCAUACUCAGCUUCAUCAAACAAUAUAUUGCUAAAUAACCAAAGGAAUAUCAAAAAUGACGCUGAGUGGUGGGUAUAUACUGGAAGUAGUAUAAUAGGAUGUUCUAAGGCAAAUAACGACAAAUAAUCUGUGUAUCGUUUAUAGGUUGAUGUUUAUAGCUUUGGCGUGCUUCUUUGUGAAAUGUGCAUCCGCGAACUUCCAGAUCCGAGAAGACGCGAACAGCAAGUUCUACUGAUAACGAAUCGCGCCCUAAGAGGCCUGGUACGGCGAUGCCUUAAGACAGAUCCUGAAGCGAGACCAACCAUGCAGGAUAUAAUCGGUGAACUAUCAAGAGCUGUGUAA